GAGGAAGAUAAGUGUUUCUCACACCAACUCUUUAUAAUGAUAAGAGAGAAGCUAGCGCUCUCCAUUACUAACCAUUUUGCUAAUCAAUCACUCUUCACUUCUCCCCAGUCCUACUUUUUUCCAUUAUAAGCAAUUUCUCCAUCUCUCUCAUACUAUCUGCACAACACUACUAAAAGAGCUAAAUUGGGAUAUUUUAAAAGAAGAUGUUUGGACAAAGCUUCCCAGAGGAUCUUGAUUGUGGCAACUUCUUUGACAACAUGGACGAUAUUCUUGAUUUUCCCGGUGGCGAUAUUGAUGUCGGUUUCGGCAUCGGUGACUCCGACUCUUUCCCUAACAUCUGGACCUCUCAUAACGACACAUGGCCUGCAGCUUCCAAUCCUCUCUUCUCUUCCAACACAAACUCUGACACAUCGCCUGAGCUCUAUGUUCCGUUCGAAGAUAUUGUUAAAGUGGAAAGGCCACAAAGCGUUGUAGAGGAAUCCUUAGUUGAGAAGAAGGAAGAUUCGUUUCCCACAAACACGGAUUCAUCGUCUUCUCACAGCCAUUUCAGGAGCUCUAGUCCAGUGUCGGUCCUCGAAAGUAGUUCCUCAUCGUCUCAUACGACCAACACAACCUCACUUGUCCUCCCUGGAAAGCCCGGGCGUCCACGCACAAAACGUCCUCGUCCACAGGUCCAGGAGAAAGAUAGAGUCAACGAAAAUGCUUUUGGGGCGGACUCGCGCCUCAUCAUUAGAAUACCAACGCAGUUUCUCUCCGACCACAGCAAGAUGAUAACCAAGAAGAAGAAGAAGAAAGCCAAGGUCGUUGUUUCUUCAUCUUCUUGGUCAGGGAUUGAUCUUGAAACCAAUGGAAACAAAAAUGUAGAUUCGUGUUCUUCAGAGCAGAAUCCUGUUAGGAAAUGCAUGCAUUGUGAAGUCACCAAGACCCCACAGUGGAGACUCGGGCCUAUGGGCCCAAAGACGCUUUGCAAUGCUUGCGGUGUACGUUACAAAUCUGGAAGGCUUUUCCCGGAGUACCGGCCAGCUUCUAGCCCGACGUUUACUCCAGCUCUUCACUCAAACUCCCACAAGAAGGUGGCUGAAAUGAGAAACAAGAGAUGCAGCAAUGUAAGCUACACAAAUGAAGAGAAUGAUCUGCAAGAUCUGGUUCUGAGCAAUGCCUACAUUGGCAUAGGAGUAGGAAAGAGUCAGAGAGUAGGAAAGUUUUAGCUUUAGAAGAGAUGGAUGAAGAGGAGCAAUCAAUUGAGGAAGGGAUCAAAAGUUUGAUGAGAGUUGAUUGUGUUGUAUUUUGUAUUAUAUGUAGUGUGAAUGGGCAAAACUCUUGAAACAAAGGAAGAGUAAGUUGGGGAAGAGCAGAAGAUGUUGAAGAAACUAGUGAGAGUUAGGUGUUGAAUUUUACAUUAAAUCUUCCUCUCCUUUUCCUUCCUUUCAAUUCUUUGUAUUUUUAUUGUGAGGAUUCUUUUUGUAGUUGAUUUGUUUAGCUAAACUAUUAUCCUUUUGUUUUCGUUAAAAUCCAUUGUUAUAACUGCUAGUUAUUGGAUUACUUACUACCCUUGAAA